UGUAUUAGUUUCUCGGGAAUUUCGUUUCGCAAAUGUUGUUCGGUUUUUAAAUGUUAAUAAAUAUUGCAGGAAACCUUCGCCGCCGCCAUGGAGGAUGUGUUCAAGCAGAAAUACCAGAAGUACAAGCUCCGCGUCAAGUUAUGGGAAAAGGAUUUCAAGAAGAAAAACGGACGAGUGCCCUCAAAGUAUGAUAUACGGGAGGCCAGCCAGGAGAUUCGGGACUCUUACAAGAUGUACUACAAGCUGAAGACUUCCUUUCUGGAGGAGACCCUCAACGAUGUUCUCUGCGACGAGGAUGGUUACGACGUAUUGGAGAUGUCGCAGGCUAGCGAGCUGGGCGUGAGCCUGAUGGACCAGGACCAGGACCUCAGUGUGAAUGGUGGCCCCCAACUGCCGCUGGACAUAGCUGCGCUAGUGGAGCCACAGGCGGAUGGCAGCAGCAGCGGCGCUUUCUCUAAUCUCCAGGAGCUACCCAAUCCGCAAGCACUUACCAAUCUGGCCAAUCGGGACGAGAACCAUGUUAUCCGACAGUUCGAGGCAGUGGAGGAGCUGCCCAUCAAUCGUAAGGCCUGGGGAGCCAAUGUGAGCCUGAAGCCGCCGCAGCCUUUGGAAGCUUCUGUCUCUGCUCCGGCUGCAGCAGGGAAGCAGUUGAAAUCGUCCACCGCUACCAGCCUGAAGCCCAGCUUGAGUGCCAAGCUCUUCCAAUCCACGCGAGGAUUUGCCAAGCGAAAUCCCCGAAAGCCGCUCUCGCAUAGCUCACUCAACGCUUCCGGGACAUCCAAUUCAACCCUGAAUCACAUGAAAGACAAUGAUAUAUCCGAAGUGUUGCCCGAUUUCGAGACCAUAUUGCUAAGGAAAGCCCAGGAAUACAAGGAAAAGGAGUUAUUGGUGGCCACCAAUCCGUUGCCUAAAGAGGCCAUCAAAACGCAGGUGGACGACGGCUGGCUGCAGCGCAACACCAAGGAAAACACUCUGGAGCCGGUGACCACAACGCCGGCGGAACCUAAUAACAAUGGUGCUCCUCCGAAAAAGACCAACUUUGGUCUGGCAAAUCUAGACUUGAGCAAGCUAAAGCCCACUGUUAAGGAGGAGGAGAGGAUGGUGGAGCCGGUGAACAACUCAUUGCAAGUGAUGGAACCUGCUGCCAUUCCCAUCAUUACCAAGAAUCCUCCCCCUGUUGAGCAGGCAACAGAUUCCGACUCCGAUUCCGUGGUGGCUGAGAGCGAAGAGGAGCCGGAGCCACAGGAGUACCGACAGCUGGCCAAGCGGCGCAGGAUAAUGCCCACACUGGGAGGAGCAACAGAAGAAGCAGCCCCGACAGAAGCUGAGCCAGAACCUCAGACAGAGCCAACCGAAGAGCCAACCGAAGAGCCAGCAGGUCCAGAUUUCUCGGCCGAUGAGGAGGCUGAUGAUGCCACCUACGAGCCGGUGAAGGUGAAAAAGGAGAAGGCAAAGCGAAAACAGGCAGCGGGGAAGAGGCAAACAGCCAAAGCCAAACCCAAGACUGAGAAGAAACCCAAAGAAAAAGUGGAAAAGAAACCCAAAGUCAAAGCGGAGAAGAAGCCCAGGAACUCCAAGAAGGCGCCUGCCCCAGCCAAGUCUGCACCAGAACCUCCAGAGGAAGGAGAGGAGCAGGGACAGCCCCUAAAUCCCGAAGAUCUUAAAUAUGUGCUGGCUCUGGAGGCGGGCGACAUCACCUCUGUACCACGGAUUAAUCCGCAGGAACUCGAGAAAGCCGAUGCAACCGCUCAGCGUUACAUUAGCACCUUUGCAGCAGUUCCCUUGGCGGGAUCAAGUGGGGGACCUGCCAUUCAUGUGGACGAAAAGCGAGCGGCUGCCCGAAAGAAGAUGGAGGAGCGAAUUGCUGCGGGAAAAUUGAACGAGAAUUUCGUCACGAUAAACAUACAGAAGAAGAAAUUUGCGCGCGGCAAGAAGACGGUGAAUUUCAGCAAGUACAAGAAGCAGCAGUGGCGGCAUAAGAAACGAGUGGCUGCCCUGAGUGGCCCCGACAUGGACAUGGGCGGCUGCGAUGGCGGUGUCCUUACCUGCUUCCAAUGCGGCGGCGUGGGUCAUUUUGCCCAACAAUGCAAGGUGAAGGGCGACAGCUUACUCCCGCUAUCCGCGCAACUGGAAGAGGAUCCCUCACCCUUUCCCACACUUGCCGAGGCCCAGGAGAUGGCCAGCCAGGGUGCUAUGGUUGCCCACAGUCGAAACAUUUCCAGGCUCCCGGAGGCGGCCAAUGAAGCCAUUUUUCAGCCAGAGGCGGAAUCGGAAGAGUCGCAGGACGAAUGCAGCGGCGAUGAGGAGGAUGAGGAGAGUCAACAGCACCAUCCGGAUCCUAAUUGGUCCAGCGAUGAUUCGGACAUUGAUUUCGAGGCCCUAGACGCUGCCGUGGAAGCCUCGUUAAGUCAAAAGGAUUCUGAGGAAAAGGCUGCGUCUCCUAUCAAAACCUACGUGGGCCACAAAAUUCCCGAGGAGUUCCUGAAGCAAGCUGGCCUGGACACCACCAACGGCACCUCGAAUCGCAGUCAGCAUGGCGGCGUUAAGCCACUCUACGAUCUCCUGCCGGACGGAACGGUCCAGGACACCACGCCCGAGGUGCUGGAGACGCUGCACAUGUUCGGCCACAGUAACUUCAGGAAGGGACAGGAUCGGGCCAUCAUGCGAACCUUAUCCGGCCUCUCCUCACUCGUGACCCUCAGCACGGGCAGCGGUAAGUCGCUGUGUUACCAGUUGCCAGCCUACCUUUACAGCCGCAAGCUGGGAGCCAUUACACUGGUCAUUUCGCCGCUGGUGUCGCUGAUGGAGGACCAGGUCACCGGUGUACCUCACUUCCUGCGUGCUCACUGCCUUCACACAAAUCAGACGCCGCAGCAGCGCAUAAAGAUCCAGCAGAUGAUUGCCGAUGGAGAGAUUGAUAUCCUCUUGGUCUCGCCGGAGGCGGUGGUUUCCGGAGAGCGGGCAACGGGAUUUGGUGCUAUUCUACGGCAGCUACCACCCAUUGCGUUCGCUUGCAUUGAUGAGGCGCAUUGUGUGUCCCAGUGGAGCCACAAUUUCCGGCCAAGCUACCUGAUGAUCUGCAAGGUGCUGCGCAAGAAUCUGGGCGUGCACACGGUCCUGGGACUUACGGCCACCGCAACGCUGCCCACACGUGUGAGCAUCAUCAACCAUUUGGGCAUUGCUGACGGGGAGCGGGGCGUGAUCAGUGAUACUCCACUGCCAGAUAACCUGGUGUUGUCCGUCUCCAAGGAUGAGAAUCGAGAUGCGGCCCUGUUGCUUCUGUUAAACAGUGAACGCUUCGAGUCCUGUCAGUCCAUCAUUAUAUAUUGCACCCGACGUGAUGAGUGCGAACGGAUUGCUGGCUUUAUCAGGACUUGCGUGCAGGACCGCAGACAGCCCGCUCCGGAGCAGGGAAAAAAGCGCAAGCGAGUCAACUGGCAGGCGGAACCAUACCAUGCGGGCAUGCCCGCCUCCAGGCGCCGCACCGUUCAAAAAGCCUUCAUGGGCAAUGAGCUGCGCAUUGUGGUGGCCACCAUAGCUUUUGGCAUGGGCAUUAAUAAGCCCGAUAUACGAGCCGUCAUUCACUACAAUAUGCCGCGAAACUUCGAGAGCUAUGUGCAGGAGAUAGGACGUGCGGGACGCGAUGGCUUGAUUUCACACUGCCACCUCUUUUUGGAUUCCAAGGGCGGCGACCAGAGUGAGCUGCGUCGGCAUGUCUACUCCAAUUCCAUCGAUCGCCAUGUGAUCCGAAAGCUGCUGCAAAAGGUCUUUGUGCCAUGCAGUUGCGACAAGGAUCUGGCCAAGGGAACAGUUUCUGUGCCAAUCGGCGAUGGUCCGAGAGAUCAUGUGUGUCCUGGUCAUGAGAUUGGCUUCUCUGUGGAAAAGACCGUCGAAAUGCUGGACAUUCCGGCGGAGAAUAUAUCAACCCUACUCUGCUACAUGGAGCUGGAUCCGCGCUGGUGCAUUAGCGUGCUCAGCUCCGCAUAUGUGAUGGCCAAGGUGAUAUCCUACGGAGGACCCAAGUACCUCAAGCACGCAGCCAAGGAAUGUCCCCCUCUGGCCAUGGCCAUUGCCUUGCAGAUCCGCAACAAGACCUUCAAGGAGGAUGCCAAUAUUAUAGAGUUUUCGGUGACCGAUAUAGCAGCGGGUAUCGGCUGGAACAGCGGCGUGGUUAAGUACCAGCUUAAGGAUCUGGAAUGGGUGAAAAUUAAUGGCUUUCCCAAGCGAUCCCCCAUCACGGUGAGCUUCUAUGAUCUCGGCUUUCGCAUCAAGGUCCCGGGUGAUUUCACGGAAACGGAGAUCGAUGGCGCUCUGGACACACUAUACACGCGUUCCGUGAAGCAAGAACGCACACAGCUUAUCCAACUGCAGUAUGUGGCCCAUGGCUUGGCGGCGGUGGCCUAUAGCUCCUGUAGCCAGUGCUGUAGUGCUGACUUUCCGCAAGAUCGUGGCGAGCAGCUUAAGGCUAUAGUGCGCAAUUAUUUCCUCAACGAUUAUCCGCAGGAUCUUGAACUGGAAGUAGAGCCAAGCAAUGUGCCGGAUGAGAGCAUUACGGAUGAUGUGCACUCGCUGAUCAACAUGUAUCCGGACAAUACAUUCAGUGGCCGGAACAUAGCCCGCAUCUUUCACGGAAUUACCAGUCCCAAUUAUCCUGCCGUCAUCUGGGGACGCUGUAAAUAUUGGCGAGCCCAUGUCAAGGUGGAUUUCAAUAGGAUCCUCCAUCUAUCUAAUAUGGCAAUCAUCAAGAGGCGCACCUAAUCUGUGGGGAUGUUUGGAAAGCGAUUUAAAAAGGUAAAUCCCAAAAAUGAUAUUAUUUUCUUGUGUGAGAGAUGAACUCUUAAUUUUUGUGAUGCGAUUCAUUGAUAUUUAUGUUUAUUGUAUGACUUUAAGCCAGAUAAAAUAUAUAUAAAAUCCGUAGAAUAUAAUUCUG